AUGAGUGUAGCCUUCGAGAAUGAGUACGUUCAUUCGGUGUAUUCACGACUCGCAACAUAUCAGAAGAAGGACCAUCGACCCUCUUCACCGCGUGUUUGGCCAAAAGUGCGCAAAUUCCUGGAGUCUCAGGUCGAAGGAAGUGCCGUAAUCGACGUAGGCUGUGGCGAGGCUAAGUACGUCUCUUCAGCGGCAUUAGUGCUUGGGGUUGACACCUGCGCAGAUGCACUUAUAGGAAGAUCCCGAAACGGUAGCGAAGGACUCGACCUGUUACUCGCUGAUGCUGCCGCACUACCUUUCCGGGACAACGCUGCCGAUGCCGUUCUGAAUGUCUCCGUGUUGCACCACAUGUCAACGCCACAACGCAGGAGAGCAGCAUUAGAAGAGUGCUGCAGGUGCCUUCGACCAGGUGGACAGAUGUUGUUGUACGUUUGGGCUUUUGAGCAACCGAACGGUAGAUUUCCUUCACAGGAUCUGCUUGUCCCGUGGAACCUCAGCGAAAUACCACUAAAUGGUCGGCUUCCACAAGUGAAGUUCCAUAAAAAUUCAACGAAAGAAGAGCGAGUCAUUCAGGCGUCAGUCCCAGUUACAGUACCUGAUGACGAGAAAGCCUCUAACUCUAGUGGCUGGCUCGGCUCCUUGAUGAAUAAGUUCCAAUCGUUACGACCGUCGUUACCUUUUAUUACACAAAAUGGAACAGUUAGUAAGUGUCCACCACCUGCUGCACCGAGAUUUUUCCCCGCUGCCAAGGAUUCCCUCGUUUCUGGUGUGAAGCGAUGGAGUCCAAUGUUAGGACGUCGACUAGCCACUAUCUUCACCUCGGUUGAAGAGCAGUUAGCUGAGGAAGUGACGCACACGAUUCUCCAUGAGGCCAUUACAGAAACCAUGGCUACUCUUCGUGAGGUAACUUUCUACCGCUUCUAUCACGUCUUCCGAAAAGGAGAGCUAGAAAACCUCAUAACCUCGAUUCCGUCACUAACCGUUGUCCGAUCAUCUUUCGAACACGGCAACUGGUGUGUUAUAGCAGAAAAACAGCUGAGGAAGAUCAUUUGA